GCGGGGCGGGCUGAGGCCAGCGGGGCGGCGGGGCUGGGCGAGGGGCGGCCUGCGCUCGGUGCCCGCCGGCCGCCAUGUCCCUGUCCGUGUCCCUGUCCGUGUCCCUGCUGGCUCUCGUGGCGCUGCUGGCGCCCCGCCAGGGCGCGGCCUCCCGGGGGGAGCAGCCGCCCGCAGUGCCUUCACCAACAGAGAUUGUAGUAACAUCUGAAAAUUUCAAAACAGUUUUGCAUUGGCAAUACCCACCUAUGCCUGAAACUCCUCAUUUUAUUGUGGAAAUCAAGCCUUACAAUUUAGGCUACUAUAAGAGCGUCUCAACCUGUGUGAACACUUCAGCUCAUUUUUGUGAUCUCUCAAAGGAAAUAUGUGACCCUUAUACAUCUCACUGGUUUCGAGUUAAAGCUGUUGUUGGGUCACAGCAGUCUGAAUAUGUUGAGGCAAAUGAGUUUAUUUUGCAAAGGCUUGGAAAAAUAGGUCCACCAAAACUGAAUCUCUCAAGACAUGGUGAUAAAAUCCUGGUAGAUAUUUACCAUCCUGUAUUCCCUCUUUCUUGUAUUGAAGACAUUUAUUCAAAGCUUCAGUACUUUGUGACUGUUCGGGACAGUGAAAAUGGGACUGAAGGACUCUAUGAGGACAACUGUACAAUGCAUAAGUGUAGCCUCAAAAUCCCAGUUCAUACUGAGAGUUCCACUUACUGUGUUUCAGCAGAAGGAAUUUUUGAGGAGCUGAUGUUUGGCACUCCAUCAGAGGAAAGUUGCACUUCUGUUCCUCUCAACCAGACAAUGAGUAUAUACCAUAUCAUCAUUCUGUGUGUUGUUAUUGGGAUGUUGACUGUAAUACCAACAGUAUAUUGUGGCUGCAAGAAACUAAGGAAAAACAACAUACAGCUGCCUAAGUCUUUGGUCAAUGUGAUGAGAAACCUGAACACAAGUGCCUUACUGGGACCAAGAUCAGAGGGGAAGUAUUUAUCUGUAGUAUCAGGCCACUCGGAGUUGCCAGUGACUGGUGAAGUAACUUUGCUGGAGAUAGAGCCAGAAGAACAAACUGUUAGUCCUGUGUAUUCUUGUGAUGGAGAAUCUUCUGUCCCUUCCCCAGAGGUACCAGCCAAAGCAGAAGAGGUGCCUGUGCAGGAAGGCACAGAGGAGGUCUCUGGUGAUGCUGAUGAACAAAAUUGCAAAGUAAAAGGGAGUUACUUCAUUUCUAACAGUAACCAAAUGGAUAUAUGCAGUACAUCUUCAGGGUCAGAGAUUUCUAGCACAGAAACCCAGCAAACAGUCGUUCCAAGCAGGAGCUUCAAGUUUUCUGGCUAUGACAAACCUCAUGUUCCAUUAGAAGAGUUGCUGAUAGAUGUUGGUGAAGAACAGCCUGUGAAUGCUUACAGGCCAACUGAGUAGCCAGGAUAACUGAAGUGCUUAACCACAACUCAGAAGGAACAGCAUUAGUGAAGGUUAUGGAAAGUCCAGGUUAAAUUGUGAACAUCUCUAAGUUGUACUUGUUCUGAUCAGUACACAAUUGAAAAUAGUACCUGAAAAUGGCAUAGAAAAUGUGGGGGAAUUUCGUAACAAUCACUUUUUGAAAUGUUUUUAUAUAUGAUAUAACUCAUUAUUUCCUAUUUGAAAUAGUGCCAUGCUUUUUACCAAUUCUCUAUAGAAAACAUACCAUCAUCUGUAAAACAGCAGCUGUACCAUUAUUCACUUCUGCUUCAAAUCCUGUUCAAAAUUAGUUCAAUGUACAUAAUGCUUAAGAAAUCCUUCAGUUGAUAAUUACAGACAUGUGCAAGAAAUGUUUGAGAGUUUUUACCAUUAUUGGAGGUAUCCUCUUGCUUACCUCUUUCUCUUCAAUAGUGUUUUUAUAUUAAAUUAAAUGCUCCCAUUUCUUUUAAAUAAGACUAUGCCUAUAAGCUCUUCCUGUAUAUCUGAGGAAUUUUGUUCCAUAUCUAAGAAGUAAGAAGUAAUGGCCAUAAACUAAGAACACAAGAAGUUCACUUCAACAUCUGUUUGAAUUGAGAGCGGAUGGCAGAGCACUGGAAGAGGCUGCCCAAGGAGAUCAUGGAGUCUGCCUCUCUGAAGACAUUUAAAACCCACCUGAGCUUGUUCCUGUGUCACCUUCUCUAGGUGACCCUGCCUGGCCAGGGAGUUGGACUGGAUGAUUUCCAGAGGUUCCUUCCAACCCUAACAAUUCUGUGAAAGUACCAGUUAUUUAUAGUCUUUGCUGUUAACUUGAGUACCCAUUUGGAUCACCUAGUGGUGUGAGUAACCUUGUCACAUUCUGGCAGAAUAUAUGAGCAAGCUGACUUAUCACUGGAAAAAAAAAGUCCAGUGGGUGGUUUCAGGAAUUCCUUAGAAAAUGUCCGCAAAAUUCAAAAGCCUGGUUUCUUCUUGGACAUUUUAAUCCUAAUUUUUAGAACAAUAUGUUCUUUAAAUAGAAAUAAUUAGAACUUCUUCCAAGCAUGUCUUCUAGAAGGAUGAAAAUCACUGUUUUUUUCCCCCUUUUAAUAACAUAACUCAGGAACUACACAAAAUCACCCUCUAAAACUGUCUCAAGACAAUAGAAAAAUAGGGUGAUUAAGUUGUACUUCAUAACUUUUAUUGUCAUCUGACAACCUUCUGAAUUUUGUGUUAUAGGGAUUGUAGUUUUGAAAACUGAGGAAUAAGAAUUUUAUAUUUUUAUAUUUAAUUUUUUUUCAUAUUGAAAUCUAUGCAAUCCAUUUAUUUCCUUUAAAUCAAGAUAUGAUAGGUAUUUUCAAUUUGUUGGAAAUGUCUACAGCAAUUAUUAAUGAAGUUUAGUUCAGGAAAAAAGAACCCGUUAUGGAUACAAGUUGGUCUGUUUACACAAAAUAGUGGGUUUGUUUUAAAAUAAAUUUUUAUAGUAUAUAUUAUCAGAAUUGCUAGCAUGUUACAGCAGGUGGUUUUAAUCAGUGUCAUAGUACUUCUGUCCUUACAUUUCUCAGUGACAUGAGUCACUUAAGGUGAAGUUAGUUUAUACAGCAGUUUUGGGAGUGCUUCUGUUUGCAUCUCUCAGAUAUUGACCACAAUGGUACAAAAGAUGUAAAGACAACAGCUAUUUUUCCUAUCUCUGCUCACAGGAAGGUAGCAGAUUGGUUAGCAGGGUUUUGAUAAUUUUAGGAAACACCAAAUCAGGUGAAUUUUGUAGUUAUGAUGUCAUGGAAAGCCCAGUUAGUAAUUGUUAACUGGCUGUGUCUUAUUUCUGCAUUAUAAUCAAAUGUGAUGAGACCCCCUAGCAACUUUUUCAAUGUUUUGUUCUGGAUUGAAUUCCUAGAAGGCAGUGCUUAGUGACUUUACUGCUUAGGAUGCACUAAUGUGUAGGUCUCCCCAUGGCAGAGGUGCAGAAAAUAACACUCUCGGUGUUAUGAGAAGGCUUUUUGAAAAUCAGCAUUAAUUGCACUUGAAACUUCAACUAAACUGACUUUCCAGGUAGUGAUGUGGUUCGUCACUGAAGCUCUGUGCACUGAAGCACUAGCAGGCUGUCUACUAAGUAGAUGAGCAGCUGUGUCUUGUUCAGGGAUUGGAGUAGAUGUGAUUUCUUUCUGAGUUUGUAGGUUUUUUGAUUAAUAUGAAUUGCAGUAAAUACCUCAGGAAUUUAUAAAUGUCAGAGAAGUGUUUAAGUUCAACUUGGCUCUGAAGGGAUAAAGAGAGCCUUAGAAACUAUGAAGUUAGUCUUUUUUUUGGGAAGAAGUUUCUGACCAGGCAAUUUGCUGAGUAUUUUCUUUGCAACUGCUCAGAGUAUUUAACCUUACACUUGGUAGUUUGUUUCCUUCCAUCAGUUUUUUUGUCGGAAAAAAAGAGAUAAAAUGUUGAUGUUGUCCAAGAACAUCAGGAAUUAUCUCUGGCACUUGCUGUAUUUGAUGUAUCUGCCUCAAAUCCAAGAUUCUGUUAGAAGAAUUUUUAUUUUUUUUUUCAUUAGAUUUGCAUUCUUAACAGUGCAUCAGGAAACCCUGCUGCUGUUGGAACUAAGACUCAGCAUUUUAGAUUUGUGUGAGCUAAGUGUUUCAUUGUUCUGGAAGAUUUUCCUUUGCUGACACACUGGAAGGGGAAUGCAGAUAGAUACAUUUUAAAACUAGGUGACUAUCUCAGGUUCUUUUCUCUUACCCCUUCAAUACAACUACAUUGUACAUUCUUCUGAAUCUUUCAAAUUACAUGGAGUCAAAUGUGGGUAAAGGCACCCAGCCAGGAUCAAGGAUAUCAUUAAGAACGGUGAUUUUAAGAUCAAUAAGAAAUGACACAAAAAUGUAUCAUAACAUAUGGGAAAAUUUGGCAUGGCAGAUGAUCACAUGUACUGGAAAGGCACUGUUAUUUUAGAAGCUGAAAAUCAAUAACAGCAGUAUGAGUCCUUUGUACUGUAUUCACAUAUAAAUACAACAGACCUGCUCUCAAAAUAAAACAAAGGUUAAAUGUACUUCUUAAUCAGAAUUUCUGAACUGUAAAUACAAAAGCUACUGAACUAGCACCAUCCCUGCAGUUUGUGUUCUGUGUACUGCGUACUUACCUAGUGGCACAGUGAUAGUUUAGAUGUUUAAAUUGCUCAAGCCAGCUUACAGCUUUUGUAAUUGUGAAAUAAAGAAGCUUAAGUGUACACAAAGCACAGGAUUCUUUUACUAGCUGUGACUAGCUGAAAAUGUGAGAUCACAGUAAGAGAAGGAUGUGUUUCUGGGUCAGUAAGCUCUGUUACCACCAGUUCUGUUUUUAGCUGUUGCCCGUAGUGGUACUGAGAGCCUAAGAGUAGGGCAGCUCAUGGUGGUAAUCUCUGUUUAGAUACAGUCCAACAGCUUGCAGUGUGAUGAUUUCUUGGGUUGGGAAUGGAAAUGCCUUUCCAGCUACAGCUAGUUAGUCUUGCUUUUGCAGCUCUGUAACAGCAAAUAUCUGAGCAAUGUAGUUGGGAACCUGUCUGGUAAUAUUUAUCUAUACAUGUUCACCUAGUUGAUUUAGUGUAAUUGAUUAAUAUUCUUGUGAUAGUUUGCUUGAGCUUCUGAAUAUUCUCAUAUAGCACCUUGAUCCAGAAUAUAAAAGUGCCUAACAUUUAUACACUGAAAAUAAUUUAAUAUUCAUGCCUUUUACAGGCCUAUCAGCUAUGCAGUAUGAUACACUUAAAAGGUUUUGCCACUUCCGACCUUUUCAGCCGAUUAUUACUCUUGUCCUGGCUGCUUAGCACUGCUCCCUUCCUCUCAUCGGAAAGUGAUUUGGGUGAUGAUGUAAGACUCCAAAACAUUACAUCCUGUGAAAGAGAACUUCACAAAACUUUGACCUCAUGCCUGCCAACAUUUCUAAGAACUUCUUUAGUUCUUGUUCUUGAGUGGGCAUUAGAAUUUUUAUUAGAUCUGCAAUUACCAAAGAAGUAUUGUGGCAGUACUGUGUGCUGACACAGAAACAUCAAAUCUGCUUUUGUGUGGUUUUCCACAGAAGUCAGUAAUGUAGUUAAAAAUAAAGUCAAACCUACUGACACCUGUGGAAACAAGGCAGCAUGUAGAGUCCUAGUUGUCUGGAGCAGACUGUCGUGUUUUUAUGUAAUCCUUCACUAGAAGAUUGCAGAAAAAGAAACUUGCAUGAGAAUCUGUUUUUCUCAGGGUUAGGAAUAACCAGUUGCUCUGAAGUGGUUCCAUGCAAGCAGUUGAGUAUUAAUAAGUAAGAGAUGUUGUACUUGGCUCAAAUUAAUAGUUUCAGCACAUCUUACAAAAACCAAAACACAAAAAGCAAAAAAGACCCAACCAAAAUGACAAACCAAAUACAAAGCACCUUUUAUCUGAGAAAAAGGUGACCUGUGUAGAUUAGUUUAGUGUGAUUAUUUUAUAAUUCAGUCCUUUAACUGUAAAGUCCUGUAAAUACUGUAUAUAUUAAAUGUUUAAUAUGUAAAUAAAAAAAAAUUUCUUUUA